AUGCUGAAUUACUUCAAGUUCAUGAAAGAAAUGCUUACUAAAAGGAAAAUAUUGGGAGAAUUCGCCACUAUUGAACUUACUCAAGAAUGUAGUCAAUUGGUGCAAGGAAAGCUUCCUCCCAAGUUGAAAGAUCCUGGAAUUUUUACUAUACCUUGCAAUAUUGGUGAUUCAUUUUGUGGAAAAGCACUAUGUGACCUAAGGGCAAGCAUUAAUCUUAUGCCUUUGUCCGUAUUCAAGAAACUAGAAAUAGGGGCAGCCAGGCCUACAACCAUCACUCUGCAGCUAGCAGGCAGAAGCAUUUGCUAUCCCCAAGGGAAGAUUGAAGAUGUUCUGGUCAGGGUUGACAAAUUUGUAUUUCCAGCUGACUUCAUCAUAAUGGAUUUUGAUGCUGAUGAAGACAUUCCUAUUAUGUUAGGAAGACCUUUUCUUGCUACUAGAAGAACUUUGAUUGAUGUGGAGAAGGGUGAACUCACUAUGAGGGUAAAGUGUCAACAAGUGGUGUUUAAUGUGCUAAAUGCCUUACAAUAA